AUGUCGUCCACUACAACGACCAUCAUCACGGAGAACAAGGCAGAACAAAUCGUGGAGACUACUUGCAACACGGUCUCAGCCACAGCGGGCAGCAGCAGCACACUUGCCCUCCCUCUAUUUGGCUCUCCAGGUCAACCCACGCCAAAAGAUCGCGGACAGGGACCGUUCGAAUCCUAUCCCUACACAGACCUCCUCCCAAAAGUCUACCCCAACCCAGGUGAGAUCGGUGAGCCUUUGGAGGAUUUUGUACAUGUCGACCCAGGGAUGCGAGCACUCUCCCAUCCGAACCCGAGGAAAUUCUUACAAGGCGCAACAAGAAUUGAGAAUUUCUGUCCGACUAUCGGGACGGAGGUAGAAGGUGUGAAUUUGGUCAAGUUGACGCCGGAGGAGAGGGAUGAACUGGCAUUGGAGGUCGCGAGGAGAAGGGUUUUGGUAUUCCGAGGUCAAGAUGACUUUUUCGAAGCCGGGGGUGAGUUUUGGAAAGAAUUUGGAAGCUACUUUGGACGUCUACAUGUCCAUCCCACUGGCGGCCAUCCGGAAGGCUUGCCCGAGAUACACAUGAUAUACCGCGACGAGAAUACGGUGUAUUAUGAUACAGAUAAUAUAACACGGGGCAUGUGGCACACGGAUAUGUCCCAUGAAAGACAGCCACCUGGACUGACUGCUUUCUUCCUCUUUGCGCAUCCUGAAUCUGGAGGUGAUACUUUCUUCACCUCUGGCGUUGAGGCACUCAAGAGACUUUCGCCCGGAUUCGUAGAGUAUUUGAGGACCCUGCGUCAGAUCCAAUCUGCCGUAGACCCAAUCCAAGUAACGCGCAACGGAACACGGAGUCGAAAUAUCCGACGUCCCUGCGUGACUACCAUCCACCCACUUGUUCGGCGACACCCCGUUACAGGCGAAGAAUCCCUAUUCCUCAAUCCCGAAGCGACCAAAGGAAUUCUAGGCUACAAAAAGCAGGAAAGUGAUUUGAUCUUGAACUUCUUGUACGACCAUAUCGCUGGUGGUCUUGAGGGUCAGAUGAGAGUCAAGUGGGCACCGAAGACGGUAGUGUUGUGGGAUAAUCGAGUGACGAUGCACUCAGCGCUGUUUGAUUUUGCUGGGAGUCCUGAGAGGAGGCAUGGAGCGAGGAUAACACCACAAGCAGAGAGACCCAUCCCGGCCCUGGAUGGGCUUCAAUUGCACUGA